UGGCUGCCACUCAAUUCACUCUGGCCCGUCAGUUGGUUGGUCUCCAUUGGACGACUCACACGCUGAGGACUCGGUCUUUGCCACUCGCGCGCGUUUCUUCAUCUUCAGCUACAACUCGCGAUAUAUUAUUGUGCUUUGGGAAAAAUUGAGAAAAUUUUCUCAUAAAGCAGUGACUGCAAAUCCUCAUUGAAGGUGGUAUUACAGAGUGACGUUGUCAGCAGGAAACACCUGUGAAAGUGUUCAGUGGGUGUAAGAAUCCCGAGAGAGAGAGAGUAGGAGAUCCUGAGAGCAAGCGAGGUACAAAUUCUUGGAAGGUUGUUUGGAGGAUCUCACGAGACGGGUACCACCACGAUGAAACUCUAGCGGUGGUGGUGAAUUUCUUAGCGCGAACAGCAUCACCAUCACACCCACUCCUUGCUUUGGGGGCGAGAAAACUUCUCAUCCGCCAAUUUUCUCACUGCACCGCCAUUUGCUCCAAUUUCCUCCUGACCAUCCUCAACAAACUUUUCCGUGCGGGUGCUAAGAGCGAAACAUUGCUUGUGUGCAAAGUGAACACUUCUGUCCGGAAAUCGUGCAUCACCGAUUGACGAUACAUCGCCGGAUUUGGGGAGUAUAUUGAUGCCACUGUGUGCCCCCCACGUGGAGUUUGAGUGACACGAACACAAGUGCGUGAUUUCAACAAGACUCUCCUUUGAGACAGUUUUUUUCUGUGUGAAAAGAAAAAAAAAUGGCUUACAACCUCCUGAACAUGGUGAGUGGAAGUUCUUCAGUUGUGGGAGCAGUAAAAUUCCUCGUGAUUCUCAGUGCUGUUGCACAAUUCAAGACUGAUGCUCAUGCUCAAUCGUUGUCCAAAAGUGAACCCAUGUUCAUCAGCAGAUCGGAAACUUUCAAAUUUGUCGCCGGUGAAACUAUCCAGCUACCAUGUGAAGUAGCGAAUACAGAAAACUACAUUGUGGCCUGGAAGCGAGGGAUUGCCAUUCUGUCUGCUGGCACCGUAAAAGUGACUCCAGACCCACGGGUGCGAUUAGUUAAUGGAUUUUCCUUGCAAAUUAGAGACGCAGUGCCACAAGACGGCGGUGAUUACAUAUGUCAAAUAGCAACCCUAGAUCCAAGGGAAAUUACACACACCGUGGAGAUUCUAGUUCCGCCAAAGAUCAAUCACAUCAGUUCAGGGGCACAUUUGCAGGUGAAAAAAGGUGCCUCUGUGCGAAUUGAGUGUUCAGCAUCAGGAAAUCCCACGCCAAACAUUACCUGGACCCGGAGGAAUAACAUUCUGCCAAAUGGUGAAGAGCGACUUUACUCACCAAUCUUAUCCAUCGAGAACAUGGACAGACACAAAAGUGGCAUUUAUAUUUGUCAGGCGAGGAAUGGUGUUGGCCAGCCUGCCAGCAGUCAAGUCGUGCUUCAUGUUCUAUAUCCACCUGAAAUAAGUGUGGAGACACCAGUUGUGUACUCUGGCGAGGGAGAAGAGGCCAUGCUCGUGUGUAUUGUUCACGGAGAAGCUCAACCAGAGGUUACAUGGUUCAAGGAGACGAUGCAGUUAGACACAACGGAGCGGCACAUUAUGGAGAAUCGGGGCUCACGUCACACGUUGAUUAUCCGGAAAGUUCAUCUGCAGGAUUUCGGCAACUAUUCCUGUGUGGCGGAGAAUCCCCUGGGAAAAGCGAGGCAAACUUUAGCCCUCAGCGGAAAACCCAAUACGGCAGUCUUCCGGUCUGCUCCCAUUAGUCAAUACAAAGACAGGUACAAUAUUUCAUGGACUGUCGACUCGCACACGCCCGUGGAGGAGUUUAAAUUGUUUUUCCGGCGGGUACCCCAGGGGCAUGAGAUUGACAACAGCAUAGAGCAGUCACAGCCGCUGCAGCACCAGGGUAUCAUCUACAGCCAACGCGGUGGAUACAGCUCUGGCCAUCACUGGCCACCGCGUUCCGACUGGCGGGACGUAGUUCUGCCCGCCAUUCCGCUCUCUCAUCACUUCACCCAGGGCAUGAGCUACAUGAUCCGCAAUUUAGACCCCAAUCAGCAGUAUGAGGCGAAGGUGCAAGCUAGAAAUCGAUAUGGGUGGAGCGCCCUGUCGGAGAGCUUUGAGUUCAGCACCUCAAUGAAUGAUGAAUACACUGAUAUCGCGUCUCUUAUCAACCGUGGCCUCUCAGAUUCAGAAAUGAGAGAUUUGAGCGUGACAUUCUACAGCCGUGCUUCGGGACUUCUGAUCAACAGUAGACGGUAUUUCCCGAUACUUCUGCAAAUUUCCAUAUUUUUUAUAUAUUUUUCCAUGUAAGAUAAAAAGCGUCUUCUUAUACACACACACUUCCCUGAUAUUGAAAGAAAAAAUUCCCAAUGAUGGAAAGAAGAAGACAAAAGAACGAAUUGCAAAAGUCCAUUCAUUUUCUGAAAACAAGAAAAAAAUACCUUACUCUUUCUCUUUAGAUUGACCUUUUUGUGAGGAUGAAAUUGAGAGAAAACCCGUAGAUUUUAUCUCCUUUAUAGACAAAUCCAAAUUGUAAAUAAGUAAAUAGAUGAUAAAAAAUUUAAAUUUCCUCACAUUUUACAAAAUCCCACAGAGAAUGGAGGAGGGAGAGAUGAGAAAAUGAACGAGGUGGAAGAGGUGAGAGUGGGAAGAUGAUGCGCAGGGGGGAAAAAGACACAAAAGGGAGCUCCCAUAUAUAAAUUUAAAUGUGUAUAGACCAAGAGAACACUUUUGAAUGUAAUAUUCGUGAGUCGCUAGAGUACGAUAAUACAUAAAUUAAUAAUAUAUUCAAACAUAAUGAUUAUGAUAACUUAAUGAAGAAGAGCUUAUUUUCUCGUAACAUUUCUCAUACUGUCACCAUUUUCUAAAACUCCAUUGCUGGAUCAUGAGUUUUGUGUGCCACAGUAGGAGUUCGCUAUGGGUAACUUCUUUCUCAAGCACAUUAAUUUAAGAACAUGUGUAUUUUGAAGUAUGAUGAGAAUAAAUUUAAUUUAAAUGUCUAAACUUGGUAUUUGUGAAAGAACUUUCCACAUUUCUAUUGUGGCAUACAAAUUCAAAAUUUAGUGACUUUCUCAUGUGUAUUAUAUAUAUAACGGAAGAAGAAAAGGGAAGUAGAUUAAACAUUCCUCUCUUAUGCAUUUCACCUCAUAUCUUUCAGUUUUCAUAUAUCCAUAACAUAAAAGAGGGUGUCCCACGGAGGUUGCUGAAUUUCAAUUAAGUCAGUUAAAAGGAUUUAAAGUUUGAGCUUUGAAUUUUGGGGGGGGAACAACAUAAUGUUUUUUUUUUAUUUAAAUGUUUAAUUAAUUUAUUUUUUAAAGUCCGUUGGAUUAAUUGUUAAGAAGUCUGCGGAAAAGCGGUCACGAGAUGAGGCUCAAAAUUACCUCUAAACGACUAAAUAGGGAUAUUUUAAUUUUUAUUUCAUUUAAAUUCAAUACCUUAAAGUAAAAUACGUACAAAAUCUAUAUUUUUUAAUCAAUAAAAGAAAAUAUUUGAACUUUUGAACCUUCGAACUGGGACAUCCUGUGAAAGAAAAUUUUCAAAUAUCUGCGCAAAGCCUCCAUUCGAAUGUUUGCUUUGCAUUUUGAAUAAUUUUGAUUCCUUAAAUUCAUUAAAAACACACAGGGAUAUCCUAACAAAAGCACCACAAAAUGCAAUAAUUUCUUAAUUAUUUAAAUUCCCUCUCAAUACAUAACCAAAGCAUUCUCUCCCUAUAUAAAAGCAUUCUGUGCAUUGUUCAACGUAUUUUAAUAAAAUUUCUUGGCGCGUCCCCCAAUCACAAUCGCCCCACUGAGCGUAAAUGUAAAAAAAUAUAUAAAAAAGAUGAUUAAUGUAUUUGCAUUUAAGCUUAAAUAAUUAAUUAUUAGAAAAAAACGUCAACUCUGCGGCAUAGCAGUGAAAAUUUACAACCAAGACUUUCCUUCACUAUAGUGCAGCAAUUAGUGGUGUUUUUUAUUUAUGACAGCACGGGGCGAAAAGUGGAGGAAAGUCGUGCUACUGCGGGAAAAUUGUGCACACGGAAUGACUAAAAAUUCAAGCGGUGUUACCGUUUUCCUUCUGUUACAAAAGAAAAUUCCAUCCCCACACCAAAUCAAUGGCACAUUCUUUGAUGAUUUCUUCAUCUGUGAAAGAGUACUUAAAGUUUUCUUUAAGAAAAAUUGUUAAGAAAAUUGCAUUUUUCAUUGGACAUUUAUAAAGAGAAUUUUUAAAUUUAAAAAAAAAUGUAGAAAAAUAUUUAUCAAUAUUUUAAAAUUACUCACAACACUUUUCAAGUCUUCCUGAAUACAUUGUGAAAAUUUAAAGCAUCAUAGACAUUUAUUAGUAAAAAUAUUAAGCAAGAGAAAUUUUGUAAAAAUUUACCUAAAAUUCACCAACAUUAGAAAUAGGUACAUAAAAGAUUAUUUUCAUCAAAAUCUAGCUGAAAAAAAAUUGGAAAAAGAAGCAUAAAGAAAAUUCAUCCACCUCCCCAUUAACUAAGCAUUCACCCCCGUAAUAGGACCCUUAAGAUGACAUGAUACUUUUCCCCUCCGUUUUGACUAGGUAAAGUAUGAAAAAGUAGGUAAACCUAUACAACAACACUCGUGAUCAUUAAUAAAAUUUUAUGCUUGGAAAAUUUUCAAACCAAAAGCAUUUCCCGAAAAUGUGCAUACAUUAUCGAUGAAAAUUUCCUCCCUCAUGUCUCACAGUGAGAGCUUAAAAAGUUACAAAUGGCCAAUUUUCCGUUUGGGGUACAGGAAAGUAUUAUAAAUAAUUAAUUUUGGUAAAUGCCCACACAGUGGAUGUAAUACAAAGCUUUAAACUUGAUCCAUAGCCGGGAAAAUUCCCAUUCUCUUCCCACCCCCCUCCCCCCCAUAAACAUCCACACACAUUGUAUUGCAUUUUGGUUUAUUUGGUUAUAUACCUAUCGGUGUUAUUGCAAUAUAGCAUUUAAUAAUGAAUUUUGCAAAAUUAAUUGUUCCAAAAAACCAAUAGGUACCCACCUAUCAAGGGAAAAUUGGUGCAAAUUUCACUAUAUAUGUAUGUAUAAUGUGGAAAACAACUUCCGCGUGUCGUUUGGCGAUGCUCAAGCACCAGUACUGGUGUAUUUUACCCGAAAAACCCAAAUUUCCCUCCCAAUACAUAGAACAAUAAAUUGUUACAUCGUGUGGAUAACUUCCUCCUGUAGGCAGUGAAUUAAAAUAUAUAUAGGGCACGGGGUUUGUUUUAUGCAUAAUAUGCUCAAUAUCCCGUCAAUAAUUAAUAUGAUGCCACUAUGUAACCACCCACGAUUUUAUUAGCUCUAUUAUCCACACGUCAUAUUGUGGGGUCUAAUUAGCAUAAAACUGUAUAACAAAUUGAAUUAUAUGACCCAUUUAAAUGAAUCAGCUAUUUUCAAAAUAUUUAUCCCUCUCGCCAACCACUUUUUGCACUUUUUAAUCCCCACAACGGGGGUGGAUAUCGCCGUGAAUAACCCGAAAAAAUUGACUUUUACCGCUUUUACCACACACAAACGCGCGCGCGGGUGGGAUAUGCAAAGGCCUCGCGCAUCAUUUUUGCUCAUUAUAAUUGUAACAAACUCUAUGUUUAUUUUUUAUAUUAAUCCAUUUGCAUAUUCAUUCAAUUGGUAAUUCAAUUUUCACAUUACUGUGAGACAGUCUGCACAUUAUGUUGAAUACCAAAUGACAAUGGUGUGGUAUUAUAGUGUUAAUUUAUUUUUUGCAAUUUCACUUAUGUACAUCAACUCAUCUUUUUUUCACAAUGCUGAUUAUUUGUAAUUAUAACAUUUUUAUAAAAUUAAUUUUUAAUACCAAACUCGAGGGGGAUUGACAAAAAAAGUCUAAUAGAAUAUUAUUAAGGAUAGGGGAUGAAUUUUAAUUUUCGAAGAGAUGCUGCUGGUUGAAGUGGGCAAAUAUUUCUCGACUGAACAUUCUAUGAAGACAAAACGUGCGUUCAAAGUUAAAUAUUUGCAAAAGAAAAUUUUCAAGUAGAUCAGAGUUGAUGAUAUUUUGCAAUAUAUAAAGUAAAGAAAAAAAUUAUUUUAUUUGGCACCUCUAUUUUCAUUUUAUAAAUUACUUUAUUGUAAGAAUAAUUUUCAAAAAGUUUUCUUUUGUAAAGAGAUAAAUUCUGACGUUCAGUAGCUAAGAUACAUCUCAUAAAAUCAAUAUGCUAGUUUAUUAAUUUUUUAACCAAAUUAAAAAAAACUCCUGCACUUUCUUUUGAUUUAUGAUGAGCUGGUAAAAUUUUUCUAACAAUCUUUUAAAUGAUUUUUAACUAAAAUAUCAGAUAUAAGCUGUGAUUCUUUCUUUUUUUAGUACAAAAUGUAUCUGCUAAAAGAUCUGAAAAAAUACGUAGAUCCUUAAAAUCUUAAGCAAUCUUUCACAAAGAAUCUCAAAAAUUCUUACAAUUCUAGAAUAUCGUACGAAUACACAAGAAAACGAUUUUUUUUAUACAGAAACAAAUCACAAAUCUCAUCUUCAAUCUAUAUUUUCACAAAAUUCACAACUCUGUUGAGAAAUAGAGCGCUCACGAUUUUUUCUCCUUCUACUGCACAAAAAAAAUCAAUCAUUUUCACAAAGAAUUUCAGAGGCACGUCACGAUUUUGGUCCCUCUUAAGCAAAAAAAAAAUUUGCAAGUUCUUUCAACGCAGCCAGACACUCCCCCAGAGCGUAUGAAAUUGCUGCAAUAUAUUGCCCUCAUUGGCACAUGCACAAAAGUUGAGGUCAUUUUAAUAACAUGUAAAUUUGGGCACUGGGCCAUUUGCCUUGAAUGACCUUCCGGAGGAUGUGGGGCAGGAAAACCUCUCUUCCUGUGGGAUGGCACACCAUAGCAAUUCACGAAGAGUCGGGAAAAAUAAUAACGAAUGUGUGCAUCGAAGGGUGUGUGGAUGGAAUUAUUUAUGGGAAAAAUAUUGACCACCCCUGGUAAAAAUUGAGGGGUCAAAAUCGCCCAUUUAUCUACAGAUUUGGUGGUUUAUUUAAUUUAAUAGUACGGCGAUUGAAACUAUUCUUUUUAGGGGUGUUGGAAAAAUCACCAUUGCUUCAUGAAUAAAAUAAAAGUCUGUGGUUUUAUUUUUUGAGGGAAAAUUCGUAAAUUAAAAAUGGAGAGAGAAAUCUAUGAAGAACACCACAAAUGUGGAAAAUUGUAGUUAGAUUCGAUCAUAAUAAAUUUAAAAGAAAUGAAAUCUUAAAUUAAAAUGUGGAUAAAACUACAUACAGUGUAAUUUAUUUAUAAGAAAAAAAAUGAGCAGAAAAUAAUUUUAAGAUGAUAGUGAAAAUCAAUGUGAAUCUUCAUGAUGCAUUUCAAAGAAAAAAAAUGAAAGAAAUAUUAACAUUUCUGACCAUAUUUACAUUUAAUUAUAUUUUAUAUACGUGUGAAAGAGAGGUAACGGUAGGGAAAAGAAGGAUAACUCAAGUGUGGGGAUAAAGUAAGAAUUAAUCUUAAAAAAUAAACUUGUAAUUUUUAAAUGUCAGAAAGAAAAAAAGUGAGAUAAUAAAGUCAUUUGUUUCUAAGA